UGAAAGUUCAUCAUCACAAGACAGCAGCUGCUCCCAAGAAAGUAUUGAAUUGCAUGACAUACAGUCCUUGGUUUUGAAAAUGAUUAAGAGGAGGAAAGAAAACACCUUUCUAGUCUCUGAAGACUUAAAUGCUGCAAGAGAUUUGGCAUCAGAGUUAAUCAGCAGGAGGAUUAUAACUGCAGGAGGGCCACUGGAGAAAAUUUGGAUAGCAUGUGCUCUUAGUGAAAUUACAGCUGUUAUUAAAACUCCAUUAUCAGUACAAAAUGAAUUGGUUACACUUACAUUUAUUGUGGAGCAGUUAGAAGAAAUAAUAAGUGAGGAACUGGAAAUACGUAACUCUUGUGUUAUACUCAUGAAGUCUUUAGUUGAGACAAACAUUCUUUGCCUGUGUUUUUCUUUGGACCAGUCAGAUGAUGUAGAAAGAUUCCUCAUAAGAGUUUUUGACAUUAUGUUUCUGUUAGUUAGAUAUGACAAGGAUUGUGAUAUAAAGGAACACAUCUAUGAAAUUCUAAGGCAGCUUUGCCAUAAAAUGGCAAUAAACAGAUUUCCUGCACAGUGUGUGGAUAUUGUUCUACAUCAUUUUCUUUAUGAAAAAGUGAAUGAUGCUUUCUUGUUGGCAUACAAAGUAAUUAGCAGUAUUCCAGCUUUUGUGCAAUCUCUAUGUAGAGUUGUGCAUUUACGACUACAUGCUGGCCCAAUUCCAGAAAAUGAUUUUGUAGUUAAUAUUGAUGUCUUUAAUCUCAUUAAGAAGCUGAACAAGCUAAUUCCAAAUAGUAUUGCACCAGUAAUAAGUAGUUUGGAAUUAUGUCUUUGCAGUGAAAAUAAUGAGGAGAAGUUAAAUGCUUUCCGGCUUUUGACACAUUUGUACACUGAAGGAAAUUGUGAGGGAAAGUACAUUUUUCUGUGGAAAGCAUUCUUGGAACGGUUGCAGACAGAUCCUCUGGGGCAAAAAUUUGGCUUAGCACAUAUAUCUGAGUUCCUUAUUAAGAGGCCACUUCUUAGAAAAGAUCUGUUUCAACUGCUAAUGUUUUAUAGUACUAUGCCAGAUGCCAGUUCUCGUGAAGAAGUUGUGAAUGAAAUUGUCAGAUCUUCCUUUUAUUAUUUUACAAUCAGUCAAAUGAUUGUAAUCAGUGAUGCUUACUUAGUUGAUAUAGUGGCAUAUCGGAGAUACGAUGUCAGUGUUUCCGUGAGACAUGCAGCACUCUAUGGAUUGGCAGAAAUGUAUGAACACUGUAGCAGCCAGCAAAAAUUGAUUUCACUUUUAAAUUUCGAACUAACUACAAAACUGACCUGGUUGUUGGGAUUAAUUUUAGAAGUUUUUACAAAAGAGACAUCAUCGUGGCGAGAUAAGUGA